AUGAGCAUCGAAACAAUCGAACACACGGGAACGGGCGCCGAGUUUGAGAUUCACUCUCACGGCGCCAACAUCAUUUCGUUCAAGCCAGUGGUGUCUAGUAAAGAUGACUUGAAGGAGAACCGCGAAGUCUUGUUCGUGAGUCGAGAGAGCAAAGUGCUGCCAAUUCGCGGCGGGAUUCCCAUAAUGUUUCCCAUUGUGGUCCCGUUUGGAGAAAAGCAAGAAAUGCCAGAAGGCGGAUUUCUCCAACACAACAAUUUUAAUUGCGACGAGGAGUUUCGGUACGAUGCUCGCAGUGACGCUGCGGCUCAGUUCAGUCUCGACAGUCUGAGUACCACCAAUUGCCGUGGACAUGGACUUUGGGCUGCUGCCGAACCUGGAGCUGUCAGCUACUCUGCUGACUUGGUCUACAACAUUAAGGUUAGGGGACCUCAGCUCACGGCCGCCCUCACUAUUAAGAAUCCUUCAGGAUCCCGGGCCAACACGUUCCCCUUUCAGCUCUUGUUCCACAACUACUUCAAGGUCGCGAACGAAGGCGCCAUGGACCCCGAUGAAUGCUACGUCAAGGGACUCGAAGGAUACAUCCGACAAGACUGGACUGAAGGACCCGACUCCAAGGUUAUUGACGAACAGGCGGCGGAUCCCGUCGUACUCAAGACUGAUGCGGAAACACACUACGUCUUUGACCCCAAGGGACACAUGAAGAAGAGUCUCGACGUCAUUAUUGGAAUUGGCGAUGGACGCAACAUCCAAUUGACCGCGUCCUGCAAGAUCGAUGACAACGAAUUGCCCGUCACCUGUGUCGUAUGGAACCCACACAAAACCAAGGCCCGCAAGAUGGCUGACUUUGGAUCCGCCGAAUGGCAGGAAGUCAUUGGCGUCCAGCCGGGAGUACUCGAACGAAAUAUGCUGCAACCCCAGCAGCAACUCGUCUUUGAAUACACCAUCAAGCUACUGGCUGGAGAAGGAGAGGAAGAAGGAGCUUGGUCUCGUGAUGCGCCUGCACCAGCAGAGGCAAAGUAA